UAGUCCUUGUGAUCGGCACCGUCUGUUUUGUGGACUUCACCUGCUCUAUCUGUCGACUAGUUGACGUUGCUGUACAACCGGUGCACAGAUGUUGUCUCUUGUAGUCGCUGCCGUCGUGUUUGCCUUUGUCAACGCUCAGAUUGAUCCAACAUGCGUGGAUAAGCUUCCCAACUGUGACGUAUUUGGGGAGGAGUCAUGCAAGGGACAAUAUGAGUCAUGGGCGAAGGAAAACUGCAACAACACGUGCAAACUGUGCAUAGGGCCAACAAAACCACCUCUGCCUUGUGAGGAUUCGAUCAGCGAUUGCAACAACUACGGCAAGUCCACGUGUACCGACCCCCAGUUCGAUCAAUGGGCACAGCACAAAUGUCGAUACUUUUGUAGACUGUGUACAGCUCAGGAACUCGCACUGAAAGACUCUCAAACAACAACAAUAGCUCCAGCAGAUUGUAAAGAUAAACUUAACUGUAAAAUGUACGGGAAAGACUCGUGCCACGGAAGUUACGAAUCCUGGGCAAGGGGGAACUGCAUGGAGUUUUGUGGAUAUUGUAUAGGCGUCCCGACCCCACCCGCUGCCUGCAUAGACAAAGUUCCCAACUGUGCUCAAUAUGGCACGGAUGUCUGCUCGGAUUCCAAUUAUGAUCUGUGGGUGGCAGACCACUGUGCCAAAUCCUGCAACGCUUGUGGUGGUGCAGUGAGUCACGUCACGUCCGGCCCGGGCCCCAUCACUUCCGGCCCAGGGCCAAUCACUUCCGGUCCCGGGCCAAUCACUUCCGGUCCCGGGCCAAUCACUUCCGGUCCGGGGCCCGUCACUUCCGGCCCGGGACUCUUGACCCCACCAGGCCCUCACUUGCUGACACCACCUAUGCCCGGAAAAUAAAACCAAUACAGACUAA